AUGCGGGAAAAACAUAAGCUUAGUGGAUAUUUUUUGAUUUUGGACGAAAAAUCAAACUGGUGGAAUAACUUUGCUAUUUGUAUGGAUUGUAUUCGAGUAUUAGGACUUGAUGAAGCUCAGAAGCAAAAAUUCACAAAUACAAAACGUGCAUGUGCAAAGCAUCUUGAA